AGCUACUCUAAUGUGAUGCUGGGGUUGAAUUUCCCUGGAACUCCGUUUUAAGGUGAUUCAAACGACUGGAAGAAGUAGGUAUUAAGUCAUGAUGCAGGAAUCUGCGACAGAGACAAUAAGCAACAGUUCAAUGAAUCAAAAUGGAAUGAGCACUCUAAGCAGCCAAUUAGAUGCUGGCAGCAGAGAUGGAAGAUCAAGUGGUGACACCAGCGCGGAAGUAAGCACAGUGGAGCUGCUGCAUCUGCAGCAACAGCAGGCUCUCCAAGCAGCUAGACAACUUCUCCUACAGCAGCAGACAAGUGGAUUAAAAUCUCCUAAGAGCAGUGACAAGCAGAGGCCGCUGCAGGAAUUGCUUCCAGAAACAAAAUUAUGUGUCUGUGGCCACUCUUCUGGUGAUGGGCAUCCUCACAACCCAUUUGCAGUGCCUGUGUCGGUGGCCAUGAUGACACCCCAGGUGAUCACCCCCCAGCAGAUGCAGCAGAUCCUGCAGCAGCAAGUCCUGUCUCCUCAGCAGCUCCAGGCCCUUCUCCAGCAGCAACAGGCAGUCAUGCUGCAGCAGCAACAACUACAAGAGUUUUACAAGAAACAGCAAGAGCAGUUACAUCUUCAGCUUUUGCAGCAGCAGCAACAGCAGCCGCCGCCCCAGCAGCCGCCCCAGCAGCCACCCCAGCAGCCGCCCCAGCAGCCGCAGCCCCCACAGCAGCCGCAGCAUCCCGGCAAGCAAGCGAAAGAGCAGCAGCAACAGCAGCAGCAGCAGCAGCAGUUGGCAGCCCAGCAGCUUGUCUUCCAGCAGCAGCUUCUCCAGAUGCAACAGCUCCAGCAACAGCAGCAUCUGCUCAGCCUCCAGCGCCAGGGACUCAUCUCCAUUCCUCCUGGCCAGGCGGCGCUUCCUGUCCAGUCGCUGCCUCAAGCUGGCUUAAGUCCUGCUGAGAUUCAGCAGUUAUGGAAGGAAGUGACUGGAGUUCACAGUAUGGAAGACAAUGGCAUUAAACAUGGAGGGCUAGACCUCACUACUAACAAUUCCUCCUCAACUACCUCCUCCACCACUUCCAAAGCAUCACCACCAAUAACUCAUCAUUCCAUAGUGAAUGGACAGUCUUCAGUUCUAAAUGCAAGGCGAGACAGCUCGUCACAUGAGGAGACGGGGGCCUCUCACACUCUCUAUGGCCAUGGAGUUUGUAAAUGGCCAGGCUGCGAAAGCAUCUGUGAAGAUUUUGGACAGUUUUUAAAGCACCUUAAUAAUGAACACGCUUUGGAUGACCGAAGCACUGCCCAGUGUCGAGUGCAGAUGCAGGUGGUGCAACAGUUAGAAAUACAGCUUUCUAAAGAACGUGAACGCCUUCAAGCAAUGAUGACCCACUUGCACAUGCGACCCUCAGAACCCAAACCAUCUCCCAAACCUCUAAAUCUCGUGUCUAGUGUCACCAUGUCGAAGAACAUGUUGGAGACAUCCCCACAGAGCUUACCUCAAACCCCUACCACACCAACGGCCCCAAUCACCCCGAUUACCCAGGGACCCUCAGUAAUCACCCCAGCCAGUGUGCCCAAUGUGGGAGCCAUACGAAGGCGACAUUCAGACAAAUACAACAUUCCCAUGUCAUCAGAGAUUGCCCCAAACUACGAGUUUUAUAAAAAUGCAGAUGUCAGACCUCCAUUUACUUAUGCAACUCUCAUAAGGCAGGCUAUCAUGGAGUCAUCUGACAGGCAGUUAACACUUAAUGAAAUUUACAGCUGGUUUACACGGACCUUCGCUUACUUCAGGCGUAAUGCAGCAACUUGGAAGAAUGCAGUGCGCCACAAUCUUAGCCUGCACAAGUGUUUUGUUCGAGUAGAAAACGUUAAAGGAGCAGUGUGGACCGUGGACGAAGUAGAAUACCAGAAGCGAAGGUCACAAAAGAUAACAGGAAGCCCGACCUUAGUAAAAAAUAUACCUACCAGUUUAGGGUAUGGAGCAGCUCUUAAUGCCAGUUUGCAGGCUGCCUUGGCGGAGAGCAGUUUGCCUUUGCUAAGUAACCCUGGGCUGAUCAAUAAUGCGUCCAGUGGCCUCCUGCAGGCCGUCCACGAAGACCUCAACGGGUCCCUGGAUCACAUGGACAGCAAUGGGAACAGCAGUCCAGGCUGCUCGCCUCAGCCGCACAUACAUUCAAUCCAUGUCAAGGAAGAGCCAGUGAUUGCGGAAGAUGAAGACUGCCCGAUGUCCUUAGUGACAACAGCAAAUCACAGUCCGGAGUUAGAGGAUGACAGAGAGAUUGAGGAAGAGCCGUUGUCGGAAGAUCUGGAAUGAGAACUGACUCGUGAAGCCUCAGCGUGAAGGGACGUAUCACUGACCUUCAUAACCACUCCACAACCAUGAAUAUUCGACAAAUUUUUACUGUGACUAUUUAUUAAGCAUGGAUAAAGGAGACAGCCCUAAAGGAACUUACUAAGCCAGCCCUUUGGGAUUCAGCACCAACAGGCAAAUUGCUUGUUUUCUUCUUUCUCUCUCUCUCUUUUUUUUUAGAAAAAAAAAGACAAAACUGAUUUUCUUGAAAAAAAAAAAAUGAACUGUUCUUUCUAUGAUGGCUUUGCCCAUUUAAAAAAUGUGGCUCUUAAGGGUUCAUGAAAUGACUGACUAUGAGGAUACUUUUCCUGUAGAAAGCAAAUGCGCCUCAUAUACUGCCAAAAAUAGUGUUAGUUUCAUUAAUGUGAAUUUCCCAGCAUUCAGUAGUUGUAAUGUUAGAAACAAUUGCUGGUCAAGUUCAACUUGUUGCUAUUGUUUUUAAUUUGCACAGGAGUAGUAUCAGAAAUUAGUGUCACUGCUUGUAUCUAGCUGAAUUUUAAACAACAGAACAUUAGUUUUUUAUGUUGGUGCCACCAACUGUAAAUGACAUAAGUUAGUUAUUGCAGAACACAGUAAUUAGACUGUUGCAACCAUCUGAAACCUUAGGCUUCCAGUCUGUGCUGUUAGUGUUAAGAUGUAAAGUGCAAUCCUAAGCUAACAUUAUCUGUGCAAGCACCAUAGAAACAUUUGCAUAUCUGCAUAGAUCUUACAACUGUACUCUUUACCUCCUUGUGAUAAAGCUUUGUCUACCUGCAAACACAGUCAAAGGCUACAGCUGCAAACCAAAGCCAACUCUAACUAUGGCCAAGAGCUCACGGACAGAAGCAGCCACAUGUUUUGGUCAGCCUUCUGUAACUUCAGUUAGUACAAAGGAAUCUUUUCCAUGAACUACCUGCUGUUUUCUGAUGACCUCUGGGAUCUUUUCAUUUAGCCCUAAACAAAGAAAUAAAUAUGACGAAAUCACAAGUUAAAAAAAAAGUUAAUCCAAUCACUGAGUAAUCUUCUGAGGCCAAAAGUCCAUCUAAAUGCAAUGAGGAUGUGCUUUCCAUUAAAGACAGAGGUGAGGACAAAAUCUGCAGUGGAAGUUAUGAUAUGCUAGAAAGCAACAAAUGUGGAUCACCGACCAAAACAAUUAUGUACUUGAUGCAAAUGCAGAUUGCAUAUUGAUGUGCAUAGAGGACAUUUGUGUUUUCGGUUCCCCCCAUUCAGUCAGUUCUUUUCAGUGGUGAAUACAUGUUGUUAGAAGAUGUCUUGUAUGGUCUUAAUCUUUGUUGUGUGCUAUUUUUUUAUAGUCUUAAGUUAUAAUGAAAAGAAAAAAAAAAAAACAAA